AAACGCCUGCUUGUUGUUUCUCCGGGCGAGGAGGAAGAAGUUACUCACCCCGCGUCGCAGGAGGCUUUGGGAUCACCGGAGAGCUUUUAAUAAGGGGAAGCUUCACUUUUAUUCUGUGACUAGACGACGAUCGGAGAAGCUGAAUGGAAAGAGAGUAGUGGGUUGCAGGCUGGGAAGGAUAUAACAAACCCAUCACCUUGUAACACAGCGUGCGGUGCGGUGCGGUGCGGUGCGGCUGCAUUGGAUAGUGUGGAGCAAACAAGGGAAUGACAUAAACAUACCCAGAGAUGGUUUACUACCCGCGGGGACCUUCAGAGACUCUUUUACUACUACUGCUGCUGUGAACUUUUCUGUCCUAAUAUAAAAAAGGGAAUUACAAAAAAAAAAAAAAAAAAAAAAAAAAAAAAAAAAAAAAAAAAAAAAGUGCUUCUUCUCCUCACAGCCCAUCAUAAAGGAUUAAUUAUGCCGGAUCAAAUCACAGUUUCAGAGUUUGUGGCAGAGACUAAUGAAGAUUAUAAAUCGCCGACAGCCUCUAACUUCACCACCAGGAUGUCCCACUGCAGGAACACAGUGGCUGCUCUGGAGGAGGCUCUGGAUGUGGACCGAAGUGUUCUCUACAAGAUGAAGAAGUCUGUAAAGGCCAUCUACACGUCUGGUCUGGCCCAUGUAGAGAAUGAGGAGCAGUACACUCAGGCCCUGGAGAAGUUUGGAGAAAACUGUGUGUACAGAGAUGAUCCUGAUCUGGGUUCAGCUUUCCUCAAGUUCUCCGUCUUCACCAAGGAGCUCACUGCGCUCUUCAAAAACCUGUUCCAAAACAUGAACAACAUCAUCACGUUUCCUCUGGACAGCCUGCUGAAAGGAGACCUGAAGGGAGUCAAAGGGGAUCUGAAAAAGCCUUUUGACAAAGCCUGGAAGGACUACGAAACAAAAGUCACCAAGAUAGAGAAGGAAAAGAAGGAGCACGCGAGGCAGCACGGGAUGAUCAGGACGGAAAUCAGCGGGGCAGAAAUCGCUGAGGAGAUGGAGAAGGAGAGGAGAUUCUUCCAGCUGCAGAUGUGUGAGUAUCUCCUCAAAGUCAACGAGAUCAAAAUCAAGAAGGGCGUGGACUUGCUGCAGAACCUAAUCAAAUACUUCCACGCACAGUGCAAUUUCUUUCAAGAUGGUCUGAAAGCUGUGGACAACCUGAAACCCUCCAUAGAAAAACUGGCCACAGAUCUGCACACGAUAAAGCAGGUGCAGGAUGAGGAGAGGAAGCAGCUGACUCAGUUACGAGACGUCCUUAAGACAGCGCUACAGGUGGAGCAGAAAGAGGAUUCACAGGUGCGGCAGAGCACCACCUACAGCCUGCACCAACCACGGGGUAACAAGGAGCACGGCACUGAGCGCAGCGGGUACCUUUACAAAAAAAGUGACGGCUUGAGGAAAGUUUGGCAGAAGAGAAAGUGCACAGCGAAGAACGGGUACCUGAACAUCUCACACGGCACAGCUAACCGGCCGCCAGCUAAACUCAACCUGCUCACCUGCCAGGUGAAACACAAUCCUGAAGAGAAGAGAAGCUUCGACCUCAUAUCCCACGACAGAACGUAUCAUUUUCAGGCAGAGGACGACCAGGACUGUCAGAUCUGGAUCUCGGUGCUACAGAACAGUAAGGAGGAGGCGUUGAAUCAGGCCUUCAAAGGGGACCAGCAUGUCGGAGAAAACAACAUCGUGCAGGAGUUGACCAAGGCGAUCCUGGGAGAGGUCAAGAGAAUGACGGGAAAUGACGUGUGCUGCGACUGCGGGGCGCCCAACCCGACGUGGCUGUCCACCAACCUGGGCAUCCUCACCUGUAUUGAAUGUUCAGGGAUCCACAGGGAGCUUGGAGUCCACUACUCCAGGAUCCAGUCCCUCACUCUGGACGUACUCAGCACCUCAGAGCUCUUGCUGGCCAAGAAUGUGGGGAAUGCAGGCUUUAAUGAAAUCAUGGAGGCUUGUUUAAGUGCUGAAAAUGUGGUGAAACCCAACCCAGCCAGUGACAUGCAGGCGAGGAAAGACUUCAUCACAGCCAAAUACACAGAGAAACGUUUCGCUAGGAAGAAGUGUCCCGAUGCGCCGUCGCGGCUCCAUACGUUGUGUGACGCAGUGAAGGCCCGGGACAUCUUCUCCCUCAUCCAGGUCUACGCCGAGGGAGUCGACCUCAUGGAGCCCAUACCUCUGGCCAACGGACACGAACAAGGGGAGACGGCCCUUCAUCUCGCAGUCAGACUGGUGGAUAGAACAUCUCUUCACAUCGUCGACUUCCUCACUCAGAACAGUUUGAAUUUGGACAAGCAGACGGCCAAAGGCAGCUCAGCGCUGCACUACUGCUGCCUGACCGACAACAGCGAGUGCCUGAAACUACUGCUGCGGGGGAAGGCCUCAAUAGACAUUGCUAAUGAGGCCGGGGAGACACCACUGGAUAUUGCCCGCAGGCUCAAACACCUACAGUGUGAAGAGCUGUUGAACCAAGCGCUGGCAGGGAAAUUCAACGCCCACGUCCAUGUUGAAUAUGAAUGGUGCCUGCAGCAUGAAGACUUGGAUGAAAGUGAUGAAGAUCUGGAUGAGAAGCCCAGCCCUCAUCGCAGAGACGAGCGUCCAGUCAGCUGUUACACCCCGAGCAGUAACUCUCACCUACAGACCGGUCUGGGCUCAGCGGGCCGCGAUGCCAUCGGCCUCGCCAAGGACAAGCCGCGGGCCUACAUGCCAAGCCUGGUCAACAACGAGACCUAUGGCACCAUCCUCAACGCCAACCAGCCUCAGUCCGCCACCACCUCCGGUCCGCCUCUGCCCCCGAGAAACCUGGUCCAGUUAUCCAGCCUCGGGGGGAUCGGUCAGUCUUCAGGGUCAAGCAGCUGGAAGCCCGGUUCUUUAGACCUGGUUGGGCGACAGAGGUCCUCCUCAGACCCCCCCAACAUGCACCCCCCUGUCCCCCCUUUGAGACUCACUUCAACUGCAGGUCUGGGUCCUCCUGUGGCCAAGAUGGAGUCCAUGAGCAUGCAGUCCAAGUCGAGCCAGGGACCACCGGGGUCCAGAGCAGUGCCCCCUAAAUCUCCUGCGGGCAAUGAUAAAAGCUUCAACCGACCUCUAAAUCGAACGGUAUCUAUUGAAAGACCAGCUAAGGAAGUGCCAGGAUGCCCCCAGAACUCCAUAGGUCAGUCUCUGCCUCCAGGCCCCACGCAGAGGAAAACCUACCCAAAGCAGAGGCCGAAGCGAGUGAAAGCCAUCUACAACUGUGUGGCCGACAACCCAGACGAGCUGACCUUCUCUGAGGGCGAGGUGAUCGUGGUGGAUGGAGAGGAGGACCAGGAGUGGUGGCUGGGCCACAUCGAGGGCGAUCCGAUGAGAAGAGGAGCCUUCCCUGUUACAUUUGUACACUUCAUCGCUGACUGAAAGGUUCCUCUCUGGGUCUCAGGAAGUGUCGUGGGAUGCAGCGUCCCUCCUUCACCCGUCUGUUCAGCCAGCCAGCAAACAUCCACUAUCGUCCCAGUGUUUGUUAUCGACAUCAUCAUCAUCAUCAUCUUCAUCAUCAGCGAGCUUCUUAAAGUGUCACUGCCAUGUCGUCGCCUCGGCUGCCACAUCCGGGAGUCACUCCUUGUUGCGAGGCCUCGUGGGACUGCAUGUGGUUUUAAUGCUUGCUGUUAUUGUUCUGACAAAGUCUCUUUAGGAUUUAAAAACAAUGAUUGUAGUCUAUGACCUCUCGCAAUAAACGCACUUUGCUUGUCUUUAUCCUUGUUACAGCAUAAGACGACAUGUGACAUAAUGAAGGUUAAUUUGUACAGUGUUCACAUCAUCCAUUUUCUGUUCAGCUGCCUUGUACAGAUAGUACUGCGAAGACUACAGCAAUGUAUUUUAACUUUUUGAACAAAUAUAAAUGUAGACAAAGGCAACAUGCUUACAUUCCACCUCUGUGCAUGAGCGAUUUUAAAUGCCUACCUGCUUAUA